CGCCGCCAUUCCUCUCAUAAUGUCUCAUAAACAGAUCUAUUAUUCGGAUAAAUACUUCGACGAGAACUACGAAUACCGGCAUGUGAUGCUGCCAAGAGAGCUCUCAAAGCAAGUACCAAAAACACAUCUAAUGACUGAAGAAGAAUGGAGAAGGCUUGGUGUUCAGCAGAGUCUUGGCUGGGUCCACUAUAUGAUUCAUGAACCAGAACCACAUAUCCUUCUUUUUAGAAGACCACUUCCAAAAGGCCAACAAAAAUAACUUCUCUAAAUUUCUGAAAUUUUAUGUACAAAUGUAUAUAUGUUGGUAGUAUUCAGUGAAUACUUGAGAAAAAUGUACAAAUAAGUCAUUACCUGUGCAUGAG